UGAAAAAGCUACGAAAGUGAGGCAGUUGGCAGAAGGUACUUUUAUUGCACUUACUGGAAACCACUGGACAUUAGUAAGUAACCAUAACUACCUUGGUGUGACAGCACACAUAAUCAAUGAUAACUGGCAGCUGCACUCAUUCACGUUAGGCGUGUUAAAAACAGAAGAAAGACAUUUUGCUGAAGCAUGCGCUAGCAAGUUUCGCAAAGUUGCAAAUGAGUGGGAGAUAAUGGGUAAGGUCACAACUAUAGGAACAGACAGCGCUCGCAAUAUGAUUGCCGCUGCAAGGAGUCUACCAAUCGAGCAUGUGCCGUGUGUAGCGCAUAUGAUACAACGGGUGAUCACCGUGGAUUUACGGGACAGCGGAUUUGACAGCGUUUUGGCCAAAUGCCAUAAAAUAGUAGGACACUUCAGACACAGUCCCUCAAAUACCGCAGAGCUGAAAGCUCAGCAAGCCUCUCAUGGACUAAUAGAGGAGUCCCUCGUCCUGGAUGUACCGACGCGCUGGAAUUCAACUCUUGAAAUGAUAAGGCGGAUUCAACACAACAAAGAUCCACUGAAAGCAACGCUGGCACAGCAGAAGCACAACUUCACCAUGCUAACUUCAGCUGAAUAUGACAGGUUGGCAAGGUUGGAAAUGGUGCUGGAGCCCUGCAGGUACAUCACUGAGCUGCUAGGUGGUGAAAAGUAUGUAUCCUGCUCCGUGGUGCUACAGCACUGUCAUCUACUGUGUACAAUGGAGGUCUCUGAUGUUGACCCUGCCUACAUAGCGUGCUUCAAGGCUGCAUUCACAAAGGACCUCAAUGGGCAAAAACAGAACUCAAACCUGUGGUGGUUAAAGGUGGCAACUGCCGUAGAUCCUAGGUUCAAAAACCUUAGGUGCUUGCCCAGAACAGAGAGGGGAGAGGUGUGGUAAAAGCUGAGCGAGAUGCUGAAGGAUAGAGAACCUGCACCACAGACCUCUGGAGAAAAAGUGGAGCCAGAGCCACCAAAGGAGAAGAUGGCCCUCCCACUCAUAGGAUCAGAGUCGGAUUCUGAUGAAGAGGUCAUCACAGAUAAAUCUCUAGAGAGGUACAAGGUACAAGAUUUAUCCACAGAUAAAUCUCUAGAGAGGUACAAGGCAGAGCCCUGUGUUAGCAUAGAAACAUGUCCACUACAGUGGUGGUCAUCACAAGCAGGUACAUAUGGUAAGCUGGCCCAUAUUGCAAAAAGGUACUUGGCUACACCUGCCUCAACAAUGCCAUGUGAGAGACUGUUCUCUUUGGCAGGCCACAUUCUGCAGAGGAAGAGGUCAGCUCUAUCAUCUGAAAAUGUGAACAAGUUAAUCUGCCUGAGCAACUGGUUGAAAGAAGAGUAGAAUGUAUGAUUGGUUGACAGGAGGCAUGUUGCACAGAUGCACACUGACUGAAGUAAUUAUCUUUAACCAAGAAUGUAAAGACUGUUCACUCUGUCUCUUCACAGACAUUAUGGCAUUCCAUUUCUAAAAUAGUCCUACUUAUUGUUGCAUUCAUUUGAGUUGAUGUUACUAUGCAAAAAAAUUACAGGUAAGCUAUUUGUGACUUUGUAGCAGACAUUACUUUGUAACAGUUGUUGGUUUCUGCUAAAUAUGUCUGCAGUUCAAAUGGGUGCCUCAACAAUUUAAAAGCUUGUUAUUGAACACUUGUUAAACAUGUUAAUGGUUGUGAUAAUAAAACUGAAGAAUCUGUUUCCUUAAACCAGUUUCUCAAGCAUUUUAUUUCAACACUGCAUGUUUACAAGUAAAUCGUAGUAUUUUAAAUUUGUGAUUAAU